AUGAGGAGGGGAGAUCAAUCCUAUUCAGAGAAUCAGAAGUGGAAGCCAUAUGAGGCUGAUUUAAUGGAUCUAUGGGAAAGAUGUGUGAGCUGCCUAAAGCAAGAGGAAGUGGAAUGGGUAGCAAUGACAAUGAGAAAGCUAUGGCCACGGAGAAAUGGGUUGAUCUUUGAAGAUAAAUUCAUAGGGCCGAAAGAGUUAGGUAGAGCAGUAAAAGCAAAGUUAGAAGAGUUCUAUGAAGCCCAACAGCUAGUCAAGAAAUUCCUAAACCAAAAUAUAACAGCUGAAGGAAGUGAAACUAGAUGGAGAAAGCGAACUGGAAAUUAUGUUAAAGUGAAUUGGGAUGCAGCUAUGGAUAUGAAUGCCAUGAGAACAGGUCUUGGGGUGGUGAUAAGAGACUCUAAAGGUGAUCUGUUACUAUUUCUUAGUGCAAAUAAGAGAUUCUCUACAAAUCCACUAAUUGCAGAAAGUAUGGCUUUAUGGAGGGCAAUGGAAGUUUGCCAAGACAUGGGUUUCUCAGCAGCUAUAUUUGAAGGUGAUGCACAGACAAAAGUAAGGGAUGUUUAUAAUUACUCAGAAAAUUGGACUAGCUAUGGGAAAUUUCAAAAGGAAUUAAGAGACAUGCUGAAAAAAUGGCCUUUAUGA